AUGGGAGGUAUUGUUGAUAGAUCCCAGUGUGCAACUAUUCACGAUGCCUUAACAGGAUCCGCGGACGAACUUCACGGGGACAUAAAUACCAAUAUGGCAGCCCCUUCCUCUUCUCCAGUCCACUUCGACGAGGCAAUAAGGCCAGCCAACGACGUCCAAAUCGCAGAAAACAGAGGAAUGCUUAACAAGGACCACUGUGUCAUAAUUCAGGGCCUCGCAGAGUCCUCCGCCAGUUCCCCGAGGGAACGAUUCGCUGCUGACUUAGAGCAAUUCCAGAAACUCCUCAAUGAAAUGCUGCAACCAACAGAAGAUGUCACAGUCCUAAAGGCGUUUCGUCUUGGUAGCCGUACAAAUGCCGCUCCGAAGACGCGACCACGACCCCUAAAAAUCGUCCUUGGUAGCAAUGAGCAGGCGAAACUAAUACUUUCCAGGCGUUUUCGAUUGAAGCAUUCCCAUAAAGAAGUGUUUUUUCAGCCGGACUACUCACCUGCCGAGAGAAUGAAACGCCGCGAACUUGUCCUAGAAUUGAGAACACGGCAAACCAACGGAGAGAAAAACUUGACAAUCUACAAAGACCGGAUUGUCAAACGACAUUCCGCUCCCCUCUGGAUCGAGCCGAUCCGAAUGACUGCACAGCUACCCCAGUAG